AUUAAUAUUUAAUCUGUGGACUGUAAGGCACAUAAACAUAUUAGCAAAAAAUGGUAACGUUACUUAGAUGUUUCCUACUUUGCCUGUUAAGCGAGUGUUUUAUUGCUUUUUCAUUGCUGAACAACCAAAAUUAUAGUAUUGGAAAUAUGUCUGGAGGACUAGUGACUAGUGACAUGAGUGAUGCGUUGGAAAAUUCUAAUAGUUUCCAUCAGCUUCUAAAUCAAGAAGCUCUUAUUCGAGUGGCUCUGGUACAAAACGUUCACUCUUUAAUGAAAGACAUUAUGACAGUAAAGAAUUCAAUGCUCGUGUUGGAAACAACUUUGGAAAAAUUCAAACUUGCGACCAAAAAGACAAUUUUCCAGUUAGAAGCAGAAAUAGAAAAGCUUAAAUCGGAAAACCAGCGUUUACGGAACGAUUAUGCAGAUAAACAUAGAAAAUUAAUUCCCUAUGAUAAUGAAACAUUACAAACAGUUAAAGACUCAAUUUCACAAAUGCAAAAAAGUUUUGAUACAAGGUUACAAAUGAUUGAAGAAAGGAAAGCGAAUGUGUCUUCUACUGAAGCUUUGGAGACGUCUUUGACAAAAGUUUCAACUGAAAUUGAAAGGUUACAGACAAUUGAGGCAAUGAAAGCAAACGUGUCAUCUAUUUCAGCUUUAGAGACGUCUUUGACAAAAGUUUCCUCUCAGUUGGGAAGGUUACAGACAAUUGAGGCAAUGAAAGCAAACGUGUCAUCUAUUUCAGCUUUAGAGACGUCUUUGACAAAAGUUUCCUCUCAGUUGGGAAGGUUACAGACAAUUGAGGCAAUGAAAGCAAACGUGUCAUCUAUUUCAGCUUUAGAGACGUCUUUGACAAAAGUUUCCUCUCAGUUGGGAAGGUUACAGACAAUUGAGGCAAUGAAAGCAAACGUGUCAUCUAUUUCAGCUUUAGAGACGUCUUUGACAAAAGUUUCCUCUCAGUUGGGAAGGUUGCAGACAAUUGAGGCAAUGAAAGCAAAUGUGUCAUCUGUUGCAGCUUUAGAGACGUCUUUGACAAAAGUUUCCUCUCAGUUGGGAAACUUGUCAAAGAGAGUGGCUUUCACUGCUGGUGUGACGUCUCAUAGCAGUUCCUGGAACAGUGGUACCUUAGUGUACGAUAAAGUCAUCAACAACGUGGGAGAAGGAUAUAACCCGAACACCGGAAUCUUCACCGCACCAGUAGAGGGAGAUUACGUGUUCUAUGUCAGUAUCCAAAGUUACAGUGCCAGCAGUAUAUUCGUAGACAUUGUUCUAAAUGGAUCUAACAAGGUCCGAGCAAUGGCUCACGUUACUAACCCUAAUGAUCAGUACGAGACAGGUACAAAUCUGGUGACAUUCAGGCUGCAGCAGGGGGACACGGUGUGGGUUAAGCACUACAGUGGUCAAGGUUAUUACACCCACAGUGACGCUCCGGAUACCACCUUCUCUGGAUUCCUCAUAUAAGAAAUGUCCAUAGUGAAUAUAACAGCAGUAGAAUAGAUACUUUUGUAAUUAAUAAAGAUUACAUGUCAUAUCAAACGUACAUUAAUAUUUUUUAAUUAGACUAAACAAUUACGAAUAGUUUAGGAUGAUUUAUCAUUAAAUUUUACUGAUAUAUGUACUUUUUAAAAAGAUUAAUGGAUUGUGAAUUUAACUAUUAAAGAAGCCAAUUUCCACUAACUGUUUUUUCUUGACUAAGCGGUAAUUUGUUAAUGGGUAUCAAGUUCAAGUUCUUUAUUGACUUUGAGCUUUAUAGCUCAACAGUGCAAACAAAUACAAACAUGACUGUACAGGUUUACAGGAGAAUAUGAUAAUUAUUUACAUAUGAUACAUGUAUAUAUGACAUAAAUAAUUAUUUUUACAUAUCUUUUCUAGUUUUUAGGUUAAAG